AGCUGCGCUAGACUUCUUUGGCUCUCAUUUUGCUGUGAAGUCAAUUUAGUCAUUGCAAUGAUCAUCCACGCCGCGGCCAUGUCGCCCAUGGGCCACUGGGUGGUCGGGACACUCGGCCUCCUUUGCGUCAUUUGCAUAAUGCUCGGCAUGAUUGAGACAGGCUGCGAGUCUUUGCAAGUGCCGCAAUGUUUGACAUUUGCCCUUUGCGGCAUGUGUGCUUCAAACAUGAUUUGGUUUGGCACCAAUGCUGGCUUUGAAGUACUGGGGACAAAGAUUGCACGCUGGAGGAUUGUGCCCGAUUCCAAGCACCAGCAUGCAAGAACACAGGAGUCUGCUGUGCCGCAGAUCAUGGCAAAACUGGCAGGUUCUUGGCUGGACAUCUGCAUUUUCAUGGGUGUUUGGUUUACCAGCAAUCUCUCAUUCUGCGAAGUCAACCCUUUGCCUUCAGUGGCCAGCUUCUUACUCAUGGUUGGGUGCCUGGAUUUUGGUCUGUCAUUGUGGCACUGCAUCUUGCACUUGCCAUGCAUGUACAAAUAUCACAAGAUUCACCACUCAGUGCGCAUCACGGGACCGUGGAUGAACGAGGUGGAGCAUCCAGUUGAGGCAAUGGGCAAUACCGUGGUCAAGUACUUCGCUGUCGUGUUGGUGUCCAACUGUUUGCCGAUGAGCACCAAAGUUGCCGUGGCAUACUUCAUGUUCUCAACUUGGUACGGAGUCAUGGUGCAUUCUGGCUACAAUUUGCCACCCUUUGACUGGAUUGGGCGGAUGCCGGCCUUGCGGAUCAUCACUCCCAAGCACCACCAAGACCACCACUUGAAUGGCACAAAGAACCUCGGAGCCAUCACCUCGCUUUGGGACCAGCUUUUUCAGAGAGUCCUGUCCACAGCGCCGGAAGCCGACCCACGUCACAGCAGCCGCAUGGGCAAAACCUGGAAGGGUAGUCUCCGUGACAUCAGCGAUGAGCAGCUUACAGAUUUGGUCCAGGCAGUUCGUGCGCAUGGGAUGAUUGUGAUUCCAAAUCAAUCCUGGAGUUUGGAAGAGCAAGAGACGUUUACACAGCGCUUGGGGGAACUCACUGCCACGGUUGUGGGUCAGGCUCCAGAGUACUUUGAGGUUCAUCCCCGGAUUGUUCGGCUGUCGAAUUUUCGUGCUGAUGGCCAGUGGAAGGGCCCAAGCUAUCAGGGCGCAGAGGUGUGGCACCAAGAUGGGGACUACAUGAAGAUGUCGCAACGCCAUAUCCUAACUGUGCUGUCUGCAGACAAGAUUCCAAGAAGUGGAGGUGGCACAGGCUUUGUGGAUCUUGUUGCGGCUGCUGCUGCCCUGCCGCCGUCUUUGCGCCGCAAAGCUGCCAGCUUGAACUGCUUCAGCUCAGCGCGAAGAAACGCGGAGUAUAUGAAGAGAGACUUCACCGCGGAAGACGCGGAAAGAUAUCCGGACCAACGUAUGCCAGUGCUGCAUUUGCACCCUCGUGAUGGCCGAGAGCUGCUUCUUAUGGGUUCGGAGCUGUCAAUCUUCGAGGACCAGCAGAAUCAACCAGAUGUUGAGACAACCCAGGCCCUGUUUCAACAUGUACUGUCUGCACAGUGGAUGUAUUUCCACCAGUAUAGGCCAGGUGAUGUUAUUAUAUGGGACAACUUGCAAACCCUUCACAAAGCUUUGCCCUUUGUGAACGAUGGGUCUGAUUGUCGCCUUCUUUGGCGCGCUCAAGCGCGGGUGACAGAGGCCUUCCCGUGGUAAUAUCGCCGAGAUUGUGGGCUGGGUGUCUUGAUGCUUGCAACACUUUUGUGUAUAGACAGGACAUGUACAGAGCGCUAUGACGGAUGCUUUGAAACAUCCAUUUCUCGCAAGCGACGAAUUUUGGCGGAGCUGGAGCACAAUAUUGUGGCCGGUUCUGUAGCAAAUAAUAUUCGUUUGAAAUGCAAUUCGCCUAAAUUGUAAAGCAGAAUUCUUUGUAUAGCAAGGUGCAACGGAAUCUAACGAAUGACGAGCAAGCAUAGAUACAUUCAAACG